AUGGCAGAAAUAAAUUGGCCAAUUCCACCAGUCAACUUCGACAACUACGACGAGGACGGCUUCAUACCAGAGAAGAUGACACUGUUCAACGUGGGAUACGUCUACAGGGAGGGCAGGAUGGAGCAGGAGAUGGAGUACGAGGAAGUGGACAGGAACAGGAACAGGGUGAGGAAGAUGGUGGACGAGUCAUUCAGGGCAUUUGGGGAGUUAUUGACUGGAUUUGAUCCACUGAAACUGGAUAGGAUCGUACAGAUUCACACGGAGAUUAAUGAGGUGUUGAACAAGGGAAAGAAGUACGAGAAGGAGGAGUGUAUUGCAAAGGCACGGAGGAAGCAGAGGGAAUUCAUUGAGAAAAUAAGCAGCAGAAUAAAUGAACUACUUUAUGCGUAUUAA